UCACAAAAUGUGUUACUGGGAUUCAGAAAGGUGAGUAAGCAUACCAUAUACCAAUCCUCUACACAAAUUAUUUUAGCUUCGGUUGGAACUUGCAAUCACAUUUUCCCUAACUUCUGCCAAAAGGCAACACUAGGAAAAUCAAAUGAUUGUGCGUACUCUAUCUAUUCUCAUGGCAGGGGUUAUGGUGAUUACUAUAAUAAUAAUUACCAUGGUUAUGAUUAUUAAAGGUAAUUUGGAUACGGAAAAAUAAAUUAUAUUAAUUAAUUUUUUUAAUAAAUUACAUUUUAGGCAGUUACAAAAUAUAUUAAUUACAAUUCUUUCUCGUCUCUCACUUCCAUAAUCUCUAGCCAUAUCUCUUUUCCUUAUUUUUCUCCAUCUUUCUACACACACAAAAAAAAAUCACUACCAAUCUAUUAGGCAACCACUACCAUUUCGAAAAACACUAAUAUCAUUAUUAGAUAAAAACCAGAAAUCAAUAUCAAAACAUAUAAAAAAACUACCACUACCACAACAUAAUAACGCUGAUUAACCAAUACCAUUGCAGAUUUAAUUAAUAACAAUACAUGAAGAUCACUACUAAGAAUUAUUAGAAAAAAAGUGAAGGUAAAUAUGUAAUCCUAACUUUCAAAUUAGUACGAUUAUAGUAAAAAUUAGGAUGAUAGUUAGCAAUCCUCUUAAUUUAGAAUUUUUUUCAGAAGUAACACUGUUUAAAAGAAUUUACAAAAAUACUACCCAACCCGAAAGAACUCCAAAACUACCACCAUUGAAAACCGCCAUAUGGGGAGGCACUUUGUUUGAGAACCGCUUGGUGAGGUGAUGGUUUAAAUUAUUUGAACAAACCGCCACAUUGGGAGGCCGUUUAGUGGCUGACCUAGAACAAACUUCCUUUUGAAGGAGCGGUUCUACGUCGACAAUAGAAACCGCUCCUUCAACAGGAGAUUUAUCUUGUCGACACACAAACCGCACCCCCACGGUUUGUGUGUCGUCUCCAUCCCCCUAACAUCCGACAUGUCGGCAUGCAGGGGGUUGCAGACGUGGGGCUGCAUGCCAGAUAAAAACCGCAGCCUCCACCAGCGGUUUUCAAUAGUCAUUUUGCCUACAAAAGGCAGUCUCGUAAACCUUAGCUCUUCACCACUCUCCUUAUUCUUAAAUUUAUGUUGUGCACCCUACUUUUUUUGAGUUUUUGCAAUUAACGUUACUUUGUAAGUUUAUUUUGUAUUACUUUUUAUUGUGAUUUUUAUGGUAUUAGUUUAGUUACGAUUUUAUGGCAGAUGACAUGCCUAAAAUUCACGCUUGGGUUAUGGUGGAAUGGUUAUACGGAAGAGACCGAAAAGGGGUACGUUAUGUCAGUGGUAAUUUUCAUAAAGUGAAUGUCGCUACGAUACCGAACCUUGAAGAGCUCCUUCAAAUGUGUACUGAGGUUACUUGCAUGGAUGGCACGAUAUGAGUUGAUCGUAUGGUGUAUCGAUAUCCAAACAGACAUGGCGGGUCGUUGUGGAAUUAGGAAUUCCUCAUAACCACUCAGGAGGAAGUAGAUGUCAUGGUCGAAUUUUUUUUUUAUCUCCGGUGGAGGUCAUUCUGGAGAUGGCCAAACAUCUAGUAUCUACGGUGCAGAUGGCCAAACAUUUUGGGAAUAACACUCCUCCGAUCAUGCCGAUGAUGUAGACAUGCACGUAGGCUUCUUUAUCAGCCUCCUCACUUUCCUCAGUGAGGGGAAUGCCAUAUUCAUCAGGGUCAUGCCUCCUCUUGAUUUUCGAUGCCAGGCAAGUGAUGGAUACUUGGGGGCUCCUCAAUGGUGCAUUAUUAUCGUCCUCAUCUUCUCCUCGUCCCUUUUCUGGCACGAACAACCCCAAGGUGCUACAUAGAAAGUACUAGCAACCGCUCAUCUCGUCAAUAUAUGAAGGUGGUGGAUGAUCGUCCACAAACACAACAUCGCCAUCGAUAGGCAAAUUGACUAGGAUGUCGAUGUCCUUCGGUGUGAUGGUGCCCUCCCCUUCACGAAACUUGAAUCAAUGUGUCUCCUUUCGCCAUCUCUCCACCAAUGCUGUGAUGAGUUGGCGGUCGAUCUUUAUCCCGACAAUGUGCCUAAUCGAAUCCAACCUUGCCCUUCUUAGAAAUGGCAAGAUGUCGUCGUUCCAGUGGAACACAUUGCCCGUACCCUUAUAGCGGACUAUAUGGUGUGCAUCCUAGCAAAGAAUUUAACUUUCAUCGGAAGUUUAUGAUUUAUAAAAAACGAUAUAAAUUAACAAAAUGAAGGUUUUUUCCAAGAUAUAUACAAAAUUUUCUUAAACAAACAUAUUUUUCCUAAAUAAAAUCAAUAGCAUUCUCAAAAAUUAAAUAAAUUUAAUUUUGUACACAUACACAUAAAUCCAGUCAAUUAUUAAUUCGUAUUGGUUGUUUUCAAUAAUUUAAAACAAUACAAGUACACUCGUUAGACUCUUAGAAGAGGUAUACAUAUCCUUAAAAACACAGUCUUUUUAACAGAAAAAGGGGGAUCCGAGGAUCGCUUAAAAUCCGAUUUUCCAGGAAAUGGGAGGAUCAUGAUGAUCACUUAAGACUGUACAUGAGCAUUAGGCCGUGCUUGGGCCGGCACGGCACGGGCACGCUUCGGGCCCAUUUAUUUCGUGCCGUGCUUGGCACGGCUCGUCAGUUUUCGUGUCGUGCCAUGCAAGCCCAUUUGUUAACUUUGCUAGGCCCGGCCCAGGCCCGGGCACAGUUCGAAUCGUGUCGUGCCUAUUCGUGCUUAUGUCAUGCUCAUAUUCGUGUUUAAUGAAAAAGACGAAAACAAAAGAGAUAAUGAAAAAAAAUGUGAAAAUAGGACGGAGGGAGAUAGUAUUAACUGAUAAUGUUUGAGAAAAGUAACAAAUAAGGCGGAGGGGAAGAAAACUGGAAGUAUAGCGAGUGUGAUUUGGUUUUCUUUAACUCUUUGUCCAUUUUUACUUAUGUUAGUAAUUACAUAUAUAUCUUUAUGACAUUUCCAACAACAACAAAUAAUUAUUUUUCUCCUUAUGUUUUAUAAUAUUUGAACCUAUAAUUCUUUUUAUAUUUAUUUUCUAUAAAAUAAAUAUUAUUUUUGUGCCAUGUCCGUUCUUAUACUCAAGAAAGUCUCAAAAAUAUUAGGCCCGACACGGCCCACUUAUAUACCGUGUCGUGCCCGUGCUCAUGAAGUUUAGGCCCGGUACGGCCCAUAAAUUAUUCGUGCUCGUGCCGGGCUGGCCUAUUUAUUUCGUGCCCGUGCUCGUGCCGUGUUCUAAUCGUGCCGUGCCGUGCUAGCCCGUGGGUGGCACGGCCCGGUGCCCACGUACACUUAAGACCCCAUUAUCCUAAACAAAUGAAAAUAAUCAAUACGAUUAACAAUUAACAAUUUUAUUUACAAACCACUAACUUACGUUAAAAAAAUAAAAUAUGACAAAUGAUGAUAAAUUAUAUGUACCUUGUGAUAAUUCCAACAUCCCUUGAACGAUGGUUAUCUUGGUCGUAUAGCACGGAUGAAUCAAUCGGUCCUUGAUCAAUCUAAUAUCUUUGAUUGCAUAUAUCCACAUCCUCCCCAACCUACGAUUGCAUAACAACAACAUAAAUUAAUUAGUAUAUUGAUUAAAUAAAAUAAUUAUAACAACAAAAAAAUUUGAUAAAAUGAGUAAGUAUCGCUUGAUAGUCAUCAUAAUAAAUACCCUAUUCUUCGAAGAUAUCAGUCAUUUUUGCAGGUAGCCAAACAUAGAUUCGACGGGUUCUGAAGGAAAAACCAAAAAAUGUUUUCUGAUGGCAGUUCGGACUUAGCCGCAACCAACAAACCACUAUUUCCUAGGUUUUUGGGCGGAGAGGGGGGAUGGAUAUGAAGAUAGUCUUAGAGAGAGAGAAGAAUGGAUUUUGGUGUAAAUAAUGAAGGAGGGGGAAGGGGUUUAUAUAGGACUCGGACCGCCUGCUGGGGUUGUAAUUUUGCAAACACAAAAAUCGUCUCCUGCAGCCACAAUUUGCAUUUUUCCAGGCCAGAAACCGCCCCCUUCGCUUGCGGUUCUCGAUCCCUGACACGGAUCGCUCACAUGGCGCACGGUCCGCCCUUGGAUCACAUCCUAAUCCAACGAAUCUGCGGACCGCCGCUUUACUAAGCGGUUUGUCGGCUGCCCUUACUUUGACCGCUGCUUCCCAUCGUGUUUCUUCAGUAAAACCGCGCCUUCAGUGUGCGGUUUUCUGAAAUGAUGCAAGUUUUGAAAAUUUUCCGAAAACAGGGGUAUUUUUGUAAUUUUUUUAAUGAUGGUGGAUCUGGAAAAAACCCCUUAAUUUAUUUGUGGGAUUCUUGUGGGCCUAGAAGAAGCCCAACAAAAUAUGAUCCCUUCGCCUUUUUUUUCUGGGUCGAGCUCCAAUUUAAUCCUUAAUGGGUCGGACUUCUUGGCUGUAGGCUCAUGAGGUGACUUGCUCGGAGAGUCAGGCUAGCUUCCCGAAUCGUGGAACUAGAAAUAGACGGUGACCGGUCCCCGUUUCUUCUCCGUCCUCUGUAGCGUUGUAGUUCUAAUCCGCCGGAAAUCUCUGAAUUCAAAAUCAAGUGCUCGCCGUUCAGAUUUCGCCACAGUCGAAUCCUACUCCGUAAGUCGGGAAAAGUUCCCGAAUUUCUUUUUCCGAGACUAUGGCGGCUGCUGCAGUCGAGACGAAGCAUCCGGAUGCCUCAAUGGGAGAUCAGAUUUGCUCCGCCGGGAAAGUGGCGGCCAGGCAGGGAGAAGGCCUCAAGCAAUACUACCAGCAGCACAUCCACGAGCUCCAGCUCUUGGUACGGCAGAAGAGCCACAAUCUUAACCGUCUCGAAGCUCAGCGGAAUGAGCUCAAUUCCAGGGUGAGGAUGCUUAGAGAAGAGCUUCAGCUGCUUCAAGAGCCUGGUUCUUACGUUGGUGAAGUUGUCAAAGUUAUGGGUAAAAAUAAGGUCUUGGUGAAGGUUCAUCCAGAAGGGAAGUACGUUGUUGAUAUUGACAAGAGUAUUGACAUAACAAAGAUUACUCCGUCAACUAGGGUGGCUCUUCGUAACGAUAGCUAUGUUCUUCACCUAGUCUUGCCGAGUAAAGUGGAUCCCCUUGUCAAUCUUAUGAAAGUUGAAAAGGUUCCAGAUUCUACCUAUGAUAUGAUUGGUGGCCUUGACCAACAAAUCAAAGAGAUGAAGGAGGUCAUUGAACUUCCAAUCAAACAUCCUGAGUUGUUUGAGAGUCUUGGAAUUGCUCAACCUAAGGGUGUCUUGCUGUAUGGCCCACCUGGAACUGGGAAAACACUGUUGGCUAGGGCUGUGGCUCAUCACACCGACUGCACUUUUAUUAGGGUCUCUGGCUCUGAAUUAGUACAAAAGUAUAUUGGUGAAGGCUCCAGAAUGGUUAGGGAACUUUUUGUUAUGGCAAGGGAGCAUGCACCAUCAAUCAUCUUCAUGGAUGAGAUUGACAGCAUUGGGUCAGCUCGAAUGGAAUCUGGAAGUGGCAAUGGUGAUAGUGAGGUGCAGCGAACUAUGCUGGAGCUUCUCAAUCAGCUUGAUGGAUUCGAAGCAUCGAACAAGAUCAAGGUUUUGAUGGCCACAAAUCGUAUCGAUAUUCUUGACCAAGCUCUGCUUAGGCCAGGCCGUAUUGACAGAAAGAUCGAGUUCCCUAAUCCCAAUGAAGAUUCACGGUGGGAUAUCCUGAAAAUCCAUUCGAGAAGAAUGAAUCUGAUGCGUGGGAUUGACUUGAAGAAGAUAGCAGAAAAGAUGAACGGGGCGUCUGGUGCAGAGCUCAAGGCUGUGUGCACGGAAGCUGGAAUGUUUGCUCUAAGAGAGAGGAGGGUGCAUGUGACACAGGAAGAUUUCGAGAUGGCAGUCGCCAAGGUCAUGAAGAAGGAGACAGAGAAGAACAUGUCAUUGAGGAAGCUGUGGAAGUAGAGAACAAGAAAUGCUCUGGUUUAUUUUGUGGUAUUGUUCAGAAACCAUUGCUUUCGGGUCUGGGGGAAAGAAACGAGAGGGAACAAAUAUGGCCUGCAGACUUCUAUUUUGUUUGUAUCCUUUCACAAACGACUAUACGAGGGGUUGUGCUAAAUUAGUUUCACGUUUCAAUUGACAGAAUCAUCCGCCUGGUACAAAAUCAUGUCUUACCAUUUCUGGUAAGAAAGGUAUCAUCACAUGUCUAUGUUUUUUUUUUUUUUUUUUUUAAUGAUGAUAUAGAUUUUAUUAGUAAAAGAAGGAGAAGGACAAGUGGACAACAAACAAAAACAGACAGCACAACGCAACACAAGAAGCCAUCUGAAAGUCCAAACUCCACAAAACAAAUAAAGCAGCGCACUCCAAAAGUGAGCAAAGAAAAUCGGAAGAAAUGAACAAAACAGCGCAGCGCAAUCCGAAAUAAUAGGUUCCCCAAAAGUGAUUGAUCAGCAUCUCCAACCUCCUCAGCAAAGUUCGGAGCCCUUGGGAAGAGCCGCUCCCUCGCAUUAUGCUGCCACUGAUCCGCAAAGACUCUAUCAACCUUGUUCGAGGCGCAUAACCAGUCAUGAAUGUUACAGAUAAUCUUGAAACAAAUGCCCAGAACCGAGCCAUAGUCCUCCCUAAAUGUUCGAGCAUUCCUUUCCAGCCUAAUACUCCAACAGAACGCGUGCAAGAAGACAUUCGAACACCACACCUGCGGACUUGAAGUUGAAGAGCAAGGCCACGACCCAAUAGUCGAAGCAAUGUCUUGAGACGGAGCCUGAAUUGGCACAAAAUUCCCCAACACAUUCCAAACUUCACGGGAGAACCUACAGAGAAGGAAAAGAUGAUGUAUCGUCUCCUCAUUCUCGCCGCACAGUACACAUCGGCUAGGAAAUGACCAUCCUCUCCGUUUAAGAGCAUCGUGCGUGAGAAUCUUUUUCUAGAAGGCAAUCCACAUGAACACACAUAUCUUGUGAGGAACGAAACUCUGCCAAAUCACCUUGGCGGGAAAGCUGUCAGAUCUCAAAAAGUUUUCCUUGACGAGUUCCCCGUAUAGGGAACACACACUGAAACAUGGCGUCGGUUCCCAAACAUGUCUAAGUUUUGCACCAAGUCAUAUCCUUCUAAUACCUAAGAGGUAUUUCAUAGGAUAAUUUAUAGGGUUGUACCAAGUCAUAAGGGUAAGGAUUUUGGGUAGUGGUGGAUCUAGAAUUUUUUUUACUAGUGUCCUCUUGAUAAAUUAAAUUUUCAAAU